GUGUGUGUGUGUGUGUGUGUGUGUGACUUCAAUCAGCUGUGUGGUGGAUACCAGGCUAAAAAUUAGUGGCGGUCAAUUCAUCAGCCUUGCAAGCUGUUGAAUGGUGUAAUCCCAGCACAAGUUGCUAUGUCUAACAUAGCUGUUCGUAUCAUCGCUUCCGCGAUGGGCAUGUCUGAGUCUGAGUCUGAGUGUGCGUGUGGUGUGUGUGUGAGGAGACCCGGCUGCCCAAGCAGAUGCUAUUCGGUGAACUGCCCUGCGAACGCCCGCAACAUGGUCCCAAGAAGCGCUGGCGGGAUGUUGUGUCCUCGGACUUUACUGCCAUUGGUAUACCUGAAGCGGACUGGUAUGACAGCGCAGGAGAGAUCCACCUGGUCUCAGUGUUGUCAACAGAGGGUCGAGAAGGAAGCCCCAGACAUCCCGUGCCCCAACUACCGCUGUGACAGAGUGUUCCGUCGUCCUGGUGACCUCAAGCAGCAUGCGCCGUACUGCAGAUUUUGGGUUGAGAGCCUCAGCGUGAGGAAGCCAUCGCUAUCAUUGCUACAGCAAUGGGCGUUCAAGGUAUUUGUCUCCAUGUGUUUGUGAUACACUAUGAGGGCCUGAUGUCUUGGCUGAUCGCACUUGCUGGUCUAUUGUACGUUGCAUUCGUGACUGCGGCCGCGACUGGCGUUGUACCGCUCACCGGCCUUCAGGCUCUCUUUUCUGUCCUCUUGCCCAUCCUCAUAGCGGGUAAAGUCCAGCAGAUCAGAGCGCUGGUAUCUGCUGGAACUGCUGGUCAAGUCAGUCUGUCAACUUGGUGCAUUGCGCUCACCGCCUGUAUUUUUCGCAUCUUCACCACACUUGUGGAGACUCAAGAUAAGAUGGUUCUGUUCAUCCUCGGUGUGGCAACGCUCCUCAACUGUGUUUUGAUCGCCUUGAUCAUCUUCUAUCAAUACAAAGACCAGCAGCGGGCAAAGCCAGCGCAGCUCAAGAAAGACGAGUAGUGUUCGUACUUUGUAGUAGGUUUCGUUGUCCCAGUUCUCGUGACUCCGUUCUUUGUUUUAGAAUCUCUAGUGUGUCCUUAUUUGAUCAAAUAUUCAUUGAGUACAAUGUACUAACGUUAGGGCUCACUUAUUGUAGACUUUAUCCUAGUUCACCCCAUAGCGCUACAGUAUCUAUUUAUGCAUUAUUUAUCCUGUUUCACCCCAUAGUGUUGCACUAUUUAUUUUUCAGUGUUGGGCUGGUCCCUACUGAUUUUAGUUUAUAGUUUCAUACCUGGGCCUUUGCCAUCUGAGUACAAUGACUUAUGCCCUAUACAUACAUAGUAUAGCAUGAUAAUGAUUGCCUGGUGAGGUGCCGAAGCAUCAAGAACAAUCAUGAAUGUCAGAUAAUGUACUCGUCUUGUUUUCUGCCAUCGAAUGGUCGGUUCAUGAUGCCCGAA